AUGGCUUAUGUUCAUCUCAGCUCAUCCUCCCUCGUCAUCCAAUCCAAAGGAAGAAGAUUCAACUCCAUAUCUUCCGUCAAGAAGAGUCUGCAGAAACGCAGUGUUUUGUCUCUCUCUUCUGCUCUCACCUCACGAGGCAGAGACAUGAUUCCACCAGAGGCAAGCUCUGCCUUUGACUUCAAGACCUAUAUGAACCGUAAAGCCGAAUCUGUAAACGCGGCUCUCAACGUUUCCGUACCUCUUCUGAAACCCCUCACGAUCCAAGAAGGGGUGCGGUACUCAUUGUUAGCGGGCGGAAAACGUGUGAGGCCUCUUCUGUGCAUUGCUGCCUGCGAGCUCGUUGGCGGUGACGAGGCUACUGCCAUGUCAGCCGCUUGCGCGGUCGAGAUGAUCCACACGAGCUCUCUUAUUCAUGACGACCUUCCCUGUAUGGACAACGCCGACCUCCGUAGAGGCAAGCCCACCAACCACAAGGUGUUUGGAGAAGACAUGGCAGUUUUGGCGGGUGAUGCACUCCUUGCUUUGGCGUUUGAGCAUAUGACGAUCGUGUCAAGUGGGUUGGUCGCUCCCGAGAGGACAGUGCGCGCGGUAAUUGAGCUGGCCAAGGCCAUAGGGACAAAAGGGUUAGUUGCAGGACAAGUGAUUGACCUGAGCAGCGAAGGACUGAAUCCAGACGACGGUGGAUUGGAGCGUCUAGAGUUUAUCCACCUCCACAAAACGGCGGCGUUGUUGGAGGCAGCUGCGGUUUUAGGGGUUAUAAUGGGAGGUGGAACAGAGGAGGAGAUCGAGAAGCUUAGAAAGUAUGCGAGAUGUAUUGGGAUGUUGUUCCAGGUGGUUGAUGAUAUUCUUGACGUAAUGAAAUCCACUAAUACAUUGGGAAAGACUGCCGGACAAGACUUGGUUGCCGGAAAGCUGACGUAUCCAAGACUAAUUGGUUUAGAGAGAUCAAGGGAAGUUGCAGAGAAAUUGAGCAGAGAAGCAGAGGAACUGCUUCAAGGCUUUGAUCCGAAUAAGGCGGCGCCUCUGUUGGCUCUGGCUAGCUACAUUGCUAGCAGACACAACUGAUCUUUGGUCUUGUUUAGGAACAGCUCAAUGCAUCUAAUGUUCCUAACAAGUCUGUUUAGUUCGCUCUCUGGUCUUCUUUCCUAUGAACCAUUUAUCUUGCGAUCAC